AUGGCACUCAAUGAGAUCCACCGGGUCCUACUCACAUAUGUUAGAUCAGUUAAAUCGAUAAGUUUGGAAAAUUUGCUCGACGCAUUCCAAUUCAUGUGUUCUAGACUAGCACCACCAGAAGAAGAUGAUCCCGUGGCCGGUAAUCGAGAAUCGCUAGAGGAAUAUAUUCGGAAAAUCAACGCAGAGAUCACCAAGCAAGGGUUUAAGAUAGAUCGCAAGAACGAUGAGCUUAACGGUACGCUAUACUUCAUAUUUAUCAACACGGUUAUCGACGAUGUAACCAAGCAAAACACUAGUUACUCCAUAGCCGAGCUCGUGGCCAUCAAGAAAAUCAUUGAAAACAUUGUCGAGGCACAUGACUACGGCUUUCAGGUGAGAAGAGUUGUUGCCCAGCAAGUGGCCUCGGCCCAAAUGAACCGGACUUUGAACGAAGCGAGCAGCUUCAUAGAUAAAUUGAUCGAUGACGGGUGGUUUGACGCUACCUUGGAUGAAAAAUUGGUACUAUCGAUAAACACACUAUGCGAAUUGAAACAAUACUUAAUUGACGGGUACGGUGUAUAUGGUGUUGACGACGGAGGCAAACUAUUGAGCUGUGUUCAGUGUAAAGAGUUGGUCACGUUGGGACUACGAUCACGUUAUAGACAAGCAUUCCAUCGCAAAUGCUAUGAAGUUCAUUGCAGGAACAACGGAAUGCAAAUGAAUGAAGCCAACAUGAUUAGAGUCGGAGCCGAUCCAGAAAACUUGUGA